CUUUUCUGGUAAAAUGUCUUCUGAAACAAUGUCCUCUUGCGUUGUCCUCGUGCUGUUUUGUUCAUUGGCUACUUUGUCGUCAGCAUCCCUUAGAGUGGGGUUUUACAAAUCUUCUUGUCCAUCAGCAGAAGCUAUCGUAAGGAAAACUGUAAAGAAAUUUGUGUCUAUCAAUCCAGGGUUAGCUGCUGGUCUAAUCAGAAUGCAUUUUCAUGACUGCUUUGUCAGGGGUUGUGAUGCUUCUGUCCUGCUACAAUCAACACCAGGGAAUCCAUCAGAAAGAGAACAUAUUGCUAACAAUCCUAGCUUACGAGGUUUUGAGGUGAUUGAUGAAGCCAAGGCUAAACUUGAAGCUGUAUGUCCAAAAACUGUAUCAUGCGCAGACAUUCUUGCCUUCGCAGCUCGCGACAGUUCCUAUAAGCUUGGAGGAGUAAAUUACGCCGUGCCAGCAGGGCGUCGGGAUGGGCUUGUGUCCAAUAUGGCUGAAGUAGCACAAAAUCUUCCUCCUCCCUCCUCCAAUGCAGAGAAAUUAGCAGACAGUUUCUCCCGUAAAGGAUUGUCGGAAGAUGAGCUGGUGACACUAUCAGGAGCACAUUCUGUUGGCAUCUCACGUUGUUCUUCAUUCUCUAAUCGUCUCUACUCUUUCAAUGCUACUCAUGCUCAGGAUCCUUCCAUGGACCCUAAAUAUGCAGCUUUUCUGAAGACUAAGUGCCCACCACCAAAUCCAAUUUAUGAAGCUAAAGUAGAUCCGACUGUGGGACUUGACCCUACACCUAAUCGCUUAGACAACAAAUACUACGUUCAGUUGUCAAAUGAUCGUGGACUGUUGAAUUCAGAUCAGACAUUGAUGAAAAGCCCUUUUACACAGAAGAUGGUAUUGGACAAUGCAAAGAGUGGUGCAGCAUGGACUGCCAAGUUUGCCAAGGCAAUGGUGCACAUGGGUUCCAUUGAUGUUCUUACAGGACCUCAAGGUGAAAUCAGGACCCAAUGUAGUGUUGUGAAUUGAUUAAACUUCGUAGCUUAAUUAAGGUUUUCAAUUGAAAAUCAUUUCUUUAACUAUGUAAUAUUUUUAAGAUGGGCCUAUUAAAUUCCAUAACUUUUCUACAAAAAAUUCAUUUAUAUGACCAAAGAAUUGUGGCCUUAACAAUUCAAAUUGUAGAAAUAAAUAACACUUCAGUCCCUGCAUAAA